AUGUCUGAUGAUAAUGAUUUGAAACGUAAAGCUGAUGAAUUAAAGGAAAAUAAUGAAGUUCUAGCACUCGGUAUUCAAAGGACAAGACUUUCAGUUAAAAGACUGAAACUUGAGUACAGUGUACUUUUAGAAAGACUAGAAUCAAGAGUUGAUUUAGAUCCAGAAUUACGUUAUGAGAACCCAUUACCAACGUUAGAGUCUUUCAAGAAAGAACUUUUAACAAAACCAUUAAAGAAAACAAAGAGCAAAAGGCAAAAGGCAAAGGAUAGAGAUCCGAAUAUGCCCAAAAGACCAACGAAUGCUUAUCUGCUAUUCUGUGAAAUGAAUAAGGAAAAGGUUAGACAACAGGGUUCGCAAGAUGUUUCUAAAGAUUUAACCGAAGCAUGGAAGAAUUUAAAUGAGCAAGAUAGGAAACCUUAUUAUAAAUUGUAUACUGAAGAUAGGGAAAGGUACCAAAAAGAGAUGGAAAUAUACUCAAUGAAGAAUGAUCAUGACAAUGAAAAUGAUCCUGAUCAUGCAAAGGAUCAUGAUGAAGAAUAUGAAGGUGAUGAACCUGAAAAUGGUAGAGAAGGUCCGAAACAUGAGGAUGAUGACGAAGAAGAGGAAGGUGAAGGUGAAGGUGAAGGUGAAGGUGAAGGUGAAGGUGAAGGUGAAGGUGAAGGUGAAGGUGAAGCGGAAGAAGACGAAGGUGAAGAAGAUGAAGAAGAAGAAGAAGACCAGCGUGAGCCGGAAUCUGAGAUUACUCAAUUAGAUGAAGAUGGUGAUAACGAUGAGGAAAUGGCUGAUAUACCCACGAGUGAAAUCUAA